GCUCCUUUGUAUUAUUUUAAUAAUUAAACAAAGUCUUAACAAAAAAUGAAAAACGAAAGAAAAUAAAGACAGAUAUGUAAAUUGUGUCUGCACAAGAAAACCCUAAUUUGGGAAGCGCCCGAUGUUCUGAUAGAUAUUGUCAAGAGAGAAAAAUCGUGCUUCUUGAUCUUUCAUCUCUGCUUUUCAAGUGAUGAGUCAAUGUUGGUGUUCGCUUUUCUCUCCACCACCUUCCGUAGAUCUGCUCAUGUGGAGUAGGAACUCUUCGAUUAAUGAGUUGAUGUUGUUAGUCUCCUUUCUCUCUGUCACCUUCCAUUGUUCUGCUCAAGUGGAAUCGGAGUUUGGUUCUAGUGUUCCACUUCAGGAAAAGAUGCCCGGAGAGCAUAAAAGAGCAAAAUGGAUCAAAAUGGAACAAAAUAGAGCAAAACAAGCCAAGUAGCUGAAAUGAGUGAUCGGAAGAUACCAAGUGAAAAGAAAGUCAAAAAGAGGUCCAACUAGACAUUUUUGCAAAACUGUCAAAACUGGACAGUUUUGCAAAAACGGGACAGAUUUGCAAAACUGUCAAAAGUGGACAGUUUUGCAAAAACGGGCAGAAUUGCAAAAACAGAAAUAUGGGGGCAGAUUUUGACAUUUUUUGGACUUGGAAAAAUUGGGGGGAGCUACAAAAGAGAGGCUAGGGCAAAACAUUUUUCAUCUUUGGUCAUUUUGCAAGUUUUGGAGGCUAGGGUUUCACCUACACAAUUGGAAGAGAAGAUUGGAGCACUUUAAUGAGAUAAUUUUUAAACCUUUCUUCAAUUCCUUGUUUUGUAUUGAAUAUUUUAGUGUGUAGUAUUUCAUUUCUAGACUUGAAUCUCGUUUAUGAAAGUAUUCUUGAUUAAAGUUUGGAUUGAAACUCUUGUUUUGCUUAUGUAUUAAAUGAUUUUUAUUGCUAUUGAAGUGGGUCUUUGUUGAUUUAAUUAAUCUCGUUCUUGAAUGUUUCCAAAGGGAUUAGCUAACCCUAGGACUCACCCAUUUACUUAGAUUGAGCUUGGAAGAGAAAAUCUAGGUUGAGAAAGAUUAAUUAAUAAGAAUUUGGGUCAUUAAACUCAUCUAAUAACUUGAGCUCGGAAGAGGAUAGUUACUUGAGGUUAAAUUGAUUGUGCCUAAUAUCACACUCUAAGGCUUGGAAAAUCUUAGAGUGAAAUUCAUUGAUUUGGUUGGAAGACUUUCAAUGAGAUUUGAGAAAUCAUUAUCUAUUGACACAAACCCGCUCUUAGUUGUAAAAUCAUAAAAUACGUUGGAUCGUUACUUGAGUGUAAUUUUCUAUUAUCCAAACUUGUGGCCAUUGAUCAUUUUACUUGCUUUUUAGGUUAGUUUACAUUUCCGCAUUAGUCAUAAUUUUCUCAAAAACCAAAAUAUUACCUAUCGUUUGGCUUUAGCGUAGUUGGUGAAAGUUCCUUACUUUCUUAAUCGCCUAUCAUAUUGUUCCCUGUGGGAUCGACCCCGACUCAUAGUUGGGUAAAUAUAUUGCAUACGACCGUGUACACUUUCACUUUGAGGAGUGUAUUUGGACGUUAUCAAAAAUGGCGCCGUUGCCGGGAACAAUUUGGCGUAUUUGAGUUAGUUUGGGAUUUAAGCUAAUUUGCUUUGGUUCAAACUUUCAUUGCUUUAUUUUAUCAAAAAAAAAAAAAAAAAACUGACCAGUUUUGCAGAAUUGCAAAACUGUCCAGUUCUGAAAAACUGUCCAGUUUUUGCUUUUGCAGAAACUGUCCAGUUUUGAAAAACUAUCCAGUUUUUGUUUCUGCAGAAACUGUCCAGUUCUGAAAAACUGUCCAGUUUUUGCUUCUGCAGAAACUGUCCAGUUCUAAAAAAAAAAAAAAAAAAUCAAUGGCAUCAUAUAAUGAAAAUUGGUCGGAUGGUAGUUAUGCAUACUUUGAUGACCCUUGUCUUUAUUGUGGAGGACCACACUCAUGGCAAAAUUGUUUGAAUUCUCCCGGGGGCGUAUGGUGCGCACAAUCUCAAACCUAUGAGUGGAGUAUUUGUGAUAGGUGUGGUGGUCAAAAUGGUCAUUGGGAUAAUUGUGCUUAUCUGUCCUUCCCUCCCCCGAACCCCCACUAUGACUAUUCUAGUUUUGAUUUUGAUGAUAGUAGGGAUAUGGAAGUGGAAGAAGCCUCCAAUGCUCAAAAUGAAAGGAUAAUGCUCAUGUUGGAGACCAUCCUUGAAAAAGUUGAAAAACAGGACUUAGCGGUUAAGGACUUGAGGCAAGCAAUUAAUUGCAAUGACAAAGCUAUUCACACCUUGGAGGAUCAAAUGAAAUUAUUGGCUCAGAUUCAUAAUGCUCAACAACUUGAGGAUGUUGAAAGUAGACAAGAAAGUGGCCAAAACAUGAAUUUCUCCAAGGGUGGAUUUUUACAAGCUUUGAAUAACCCUCAACUUGAAGAAAGUCUUGACAAAGUGGAAGUUGUGAGCCAAGAUUGGCUUAUGACUCAAGCUCAACAACUUGGAGCCUAUGGAGAUCAUCGUGAAGGCAUUUCAAGGAUGAUGGAAUUUUUUUUUAAAAUCCAUGUUGAGCAAAGUCAAGAGUUGAAGGAACUUGAAAUUGCUAUCCGUGACUUGAAUACCAAAUUGAAUGCAAAAGUUGAGGUAUGCAAUACUCAACAUCAAAUAGUCAUGGAGAGUAGUUUUCAGUUAGUUUCCAAUGAAAAAGUGGUCAACAUUGAUUUUCAAGAGCUAAUGAUGAAUUGCCAACCGACCAAUCCAAAAAUAAUGCAAGAUGCCAAUAUUGAAGAAAUGAUACUAGAGUUGCAUAAAAAAGUUCAUGAAAUGGUUUUUGAAGACUCUAGUUCAUUCUUGGGUGAGGAUGUCAAAAAUGAAGCGAAUUUGAAAUUGAAGCGCAUUGGACCACAUUCCAACCAUUUUUCAACAUUGUGCUUGGUUGAUGAUAUGGAAGUUGAACUAACCGAGCCUAUGGAGAAUUGUGGAAAUGAAGAAGAAAGCGUUUUCAUAUUGAAGUUUGCUAUGCCAAAAAGACAAAAUGGCAUGCCUCACUUACGGGCCAAGAAGUGCAAAAUGCGCACCCGAGAGUUGGCCUACUUGUUUUUCUACCACCGCCCCAUGAGCGUCAUCAUGAUCUUGAUUCAAAGUUGGGGCGCAAAUUCAUAUCUUCCAAAUGGAAGGAAAAGUGGUAAAGGUAACCGUCGUGCCGCGACGUUAAAUCAAGCGCUUGGUGGGAGGUAACCCAUCGUUUUAAAAGUUUUAAAUCGUUUUUGAAAUUUUAUUUUUUAGAAUAGUUUAGUUUAUGGUUUUUGACUAAUCUGCAAAGUUUCAGAAUUUUUGGAGUUGUUUUGAGCAUGUCGGAUAUCCGGACAGCCCCCAAAACCAGUAAAAGCUGCGAAAAAAUCUUUUCUGGUGUCAUGACCUGCGAAUCGCAGGUCACGUCGCACAUGGUGACAGAGACACAAAAAAAAAUAAAAAAAUUUGGUGACAUCACCUGCGACUCGCAGGUCAUACCUGCGAAUCGCAGGUGGGGUCGCAGGUGGUGACAGUAAGCAAAAAAAAAAAA